UUCUCCCGAAGACGGGUGAACCCAUAGCAGCCCACCCCUACUUUGAAUCCAAUCAGUGGUGAAUUCAUAUAGACAUUAACAAGGAUCAGUGAGACCAUCAAGCACUAAGGCCACCUCACCCCCAUACUCCAGGACUCAACCUUAUACAGUUUCUCCUAUUGAAAUUUAUUUAUUGUUGUUUAGUUUGGUCUUUUUAUAUUUAAUUUUAGUCCCAUUUUUCCCCACUGUGCUGCUGGAUUUUUAUUACUAGAGCUUACAGAUAUCUGCAAUUUCAAUCAUCAGGAUAGAGCCAUCCGCAAAUAACGGGUUUACUGAUGUUUCUUUCUUUCAUUUUAAAGGCAUGGAUGGGAAGAUGGGAUAAUCCGCCGCAUUCCAAGAACACGGGAAGGUGCCUUCUGUGUCUCAGUUGACUUAUUGUGUGCUCUCUCUUGGCUAAAGGCAGGCAGCCUUUCUCACCGCUACCUAGAAAGAUAGCUAACAAUAGUAUUCCUAGUGUACGAGUGCCCGGCUGAUGCUUUCUUGGAAACAGAAUGCUGCAUUAGAUGAGUUUAAUCCAACAAGAGGUUUGUGGCGCUCUAAUGCUCGAUAGCAGCCUUUCCCCAGAAUUGAUCAGGAAAAAUUGAAGUAAGAAGUUCUUUAGCAAUAGGGCAAAUGGCUUGGUGGAGCCCCUUUCUACUAUAUUAUUAUAGGCUGAUAGGAUGAAAGGAAGUGACUACUUUGAACACAUAUUUUUGGACCUGUCAAAAGAUUAGAUUAGGGAGUUAUUGAGGUCUUUACUCACUUUCCUUUCGAUUUCACUUGAUGAUUUUAAUAGUUUAGAUUAUAUUCUGUGAAACUAAAAUCCCCGUUCCCCAUCUCUCUAAUACAUCUUGGGUGGAGAGAAAUCUCUGACUCUAAUUUUUCUUUAAGACACUUUUCUCCUGAAUCUAGUUAGUAAAAGGGACGGAGGGGGGGGGGGAAUCAAGGGAAGGGCGGGAGAGGCUCGCCUGCUUGCCGGCAGCACCGCGGAGAUCCCGGGAGGGAGCGGCUGCCCGAGUCCCUCCUGGCGAGCGCUGCAGCGGGCACCGAGUGAGGGGUGGAGCCGGUCGGAUUACACAUUAAGGGCUGGCUGGAUCCCAGCUCGCCAGGGUGGAGGCGUAGAGUUGGCUUUUUCCCGGCUGCCGCGACCAAGCACCUGGGAGCCCUGGCAGCCGGGCACAAGCGAGCUUUGGGAGGGGGGGGGGUGACAAACCAGGGGAUAGAUCCGAAGGGCGCCCCAGCCGGGACGGGGAGGGACGGGCGUGGGGCGUGACAGCAAAUACGGCGGCGAGGAGGAGGAGGCGCCCCGGCAGCGGAGGUGGCCAGACGGGCCUUGCGGGCUGCCUCGUGGGGCAAAAGUGAGCAGGCAGAGACCCGCCGGCCAUGGAAGGUGGCUGCCACCGCCAGCAGGAGGACGCGGUGGAAGCGUGGCUGGACGACCACGGAGACUUUACCCGCUCUUACUUUGUUCGGAAAGCUACCAGAGAGAUGGUCAAUGCAUGGUUUUCUGAGAGAGUUCAUACUAUUCCAGUGUGCAAAGAAGGAACCAAACAUCACAGUGAAGCUUGUUCUUGUUCCACACGGACUGAAAGCACUAAUUCCACACCACCAACUAGGAAGAUAUCUGCUUCUGAAUUUGACAGGCCUCUUAGGCCCAUUGUUAUCAAAGAUUCUGUUGGAACAGUGAGCUUCUUGUCAGAUACUGAAAAGAAGCAACAGAUGCCUCUCCAAUCUCGGACACUUGGAACCAAUGCAGGGGAUCAGUGCUCAAGACUCUUAGAACUGGUGAAGGAUAUUUCUAGUCACCUGGAUGUCACAGCCCUUUGCCAUAAAAUUUUCUUGCACAUCAAUGAACUCAUAGCUGCCGAUCGGUAUUCCCUAUUUCUGGUCUGUGAAGACAGUUCCAAUGAGAAGUUUCUUAUCAGCCGACUCUUUGAUGUUGCAGAAGGUUCCACCUUAGAAGAAGCUUCAAACAACUGUAUCCGCUUGGAAUGGAACAAGGGAAUUGUAGGCCAUGUGGCAGCCUUUGGCCAGCCUUUGAAUAUCAAGAAUGCCUAUGAGGAUCCCCGAUUCAAUGCUGAAGUGGACCAAAUCACAGGCUAUAAAACACAAAGCAUUCUUUGUAUGCCAAUAAAGAACCAUAGGGAAGAGGUGGUUGGUGUGGCACAAGCAAUCAACAAAAAAUCUGGUGGUGGAGCAACAUUCACUGAGCAAGAUGAGAAGGAUUUUGCUGCUUACCUGGCAUUUUGUGGAAUUGUUCUUCACAAUGCUCAGCUCUAUGAGACUUCCCUUCUUGAAAACAGACGCAAUCAGGUACUUCUUGAUCUUGCUAGUUUAAUAUUUGAGGAACAGCAAUCAUUAGAAGUCAUUUUGAAGAAGAUAGCAGCCACUAUAAUUUCCUUCAUGCAAGUGCAAAAGUGCACCAUUUUCAUAGUGGAUGAAGACUGUUCAGAUUCAUUUUCCAGUGUCUUUCACAUGGAAUAUGAAGAAACAGAAGAUUCCAGUGAAACCCACAAAAGACACAAUGAUACAAACCAAAUUAAUUAUAUGUAUGCCCAGUAUGUCAAGAAUACUAUGGAGCCUCUGAAUAUUCCACAUGUGCGCCAAGACAAAAGAUUUCCUUGGACAAAUGAAUGUUCUGACUGUACAAAUCAGCACAUUGAAAGCUUGCUCUGCACACCUAUAAAAAAUGGAAAGAAGAAUAAAGUGAUAGGAGUUUGUCAACUUGCAAACAAGAUGGAAGAAAAUUCGGGCAAAAUAAAAGCUUUCAAUAGAAAUGAUGAACAGUUUUUGGAAGCUUUUGUUAUCUUCUGUGGCUUAGGGAUCCAGAACACUCAGAUGUAUGAAGCUGUGGAAAGAGCCAUGGCAAAGCAAAUGGUGACAUUAGAGGUGCUGUCCUACCAUGCAUCAGCUGCUGCAGAAGAAACCAGGGAGCUUCAAGUAACAGCGGCUGCUGUUGUACCGUCUGCACAAUCUCUCAGGCUCACUGACUUUUACUUCAGUGACUUUGAGCUGUCAGACAUGGAGACUUCUCUGUGCACAAUCCGGAUGUUUACUGACCUUAACCUUGUACAAAAUUUCCAAAUAAAACACGAGGUCCUUUGCAGAUGGAUUUUAAGUGUGAGGAAAAACUAUCGGAAAAAUGUUGCUUAUCACAACUGGAGACAUGCUUUUAAUACAGCCCAAUGCAUGUUUGCUGCUUUAAAGACAGGAAAAAUUCAGAACCAACUUACUGAUGUUGAGGUACUUUCUUUGCUGAUUGCAGCUCUGAGCCAUGAUUUAGAUCACAGGGGGGUGAAUAAUUCUUACAUACAGAGAAGCGAGCACCCUCUUGCACAGCUUUAUUGCCACUCAAUAAUGGAACAUCAUCAUUUUGAUCAGUGCCUGAUGAUCCUAAACACACCGGGCAAUCAGAUUCUCAGUGGUCUUUCUGUUGAAGAAUACAAGGCAACAUUGAAAAUCAUCAAGCAAGCUAUUCUUGCCACAGAUUUAGCACUAUACAUAAAAAGAAGAGGAGAGUUUUUUGACCUCCUGCGGAAUAAUCAGUUUAACCUACAAGACCUUUAUCAAAAGGAAUUAUUUUUGGCAAUGCUGAUGACUGCAUGUGACUUAUCGGCAAUAACAAAACCAUGGCCAGUUCAGCAGCGGAUUGCUGAACUUGUAGCUGCAGAAUUCUUUGACCAAGGAGAUAAAGAAAGAAAAGAACUUAACAUUGAACCAACAGAUUUAAUGAACAGAGAAAAGAAAAACAAAAUUCCCAGCAUGCAAGUUGGAUUCAUUGAUGCUAUCUGCUUACAGCUUUAUGAGGCCUUAACCUACAUAUCGGAAGCCUGUUACCCUUUGCUUGAGGGCUGCAGGAAGAACCGGCAGAAAUGGCAAGCUUUAGCUGAAGAGCAGGAAAAUAACUUGAUCAUUGGAGAAAGCAAUCAGCCCAAACGGAACUGAAAUAAGCGUUCAAUAUGACAUAUUUGUUUACAAAGAAGAUAUUUAUAUAUAAUAAUUUGGAGAUAACUAAUGUUUUACUAGACACUGUGUGAAAUAGGUGCAUAAUUUGCCACUGCUGUAUUUUAAAUAACAAGAAACAUAUAUUUUUGCACAGCACUCAAGAACACAAUAUGAAUUAUUUUUAUGUAGCCUGAUGUAUCAUAAUUGUAUAUUUCCAAUUGAACUGCAACUAGCAGAUAGCCUGCUCAGUUAGAUAGUGGUAUGUAAGUGGACAAUUUUUAGGACUGCUUCAGAAAAUUCUUGGUACUGAGUUGUAUAUAGUUAUUUAGUUUUGGUCAAUGGCCAGUACUUUAAAGAUUACUAUAUGUGUCACUUUUCUGUUUUUUUUUAUAGUGCCUCUUCUAUGUAAAUAAUGAAAAAGUAGUGUUGCAUUUGAAAGCUAGAAGUUACCAGAAAAGCAAGCUGGGUAGCAUUUGCUUUGCGUGGGGGAGGAACUAAUUAUUAUUGCUUGUUCUAAGAAAUCUGUUUUUUUCAGGGUGAGGCAUGUUGAGCUCAAAGGCUAAAGUAAAAGUCUCAAGGGAAUAUGCUGCAUCUGUGACUUUUCCUGUCAUGGGAAUGCUUGAAUUUUACUCAUUAUGUUGCAGCAGCUGAGAAAAAUCUGCAAAUGAAAUUGCCCAGAGUUCCUUAAUAGCAAUGAAAUUUUUAAGAAAUUUUAAUUAAAAUGGAACUAUUUAAAACUACAAGAAUGCUCUAGAAUUUCAUAAGACUAAUUUAAUAAAGCACGAUCACAGAGCUUGUAAACAGUAUGGAAUUGCCAGUAGCAGUCAAGGAACUCUGUCAAAAGUAGCUUUAAAGAAAG